UUGAGAAGAGCUUCAAAAAGAAGCAGAUGAGAUUUUGGAUAUGAUUGUUGAGGAUGAGAUGAGAGAUUGGAAAGGAAAGAGUGAGGGUGAGGGUGAGACUUUUAUUCAUGGCUUGAUCUCUCUAAUUGAUAAGGAUCAGAGGAAGGAAUUUACUUUCAGUAAGGAGAACAUCAAGGCUAUUAUCAAGGACGUGAUGGGCGCUGGAACAGAGUCAGUAUCUGUUGUGAUGGACUGGAUCAUGGCAGAGCUCCUCAAAAAGCCCCCAACAAACUGGACAUCCUUGAAAAACUGA